UCACCUGACGAGAGCAGGGAGUUUCCAGUCCCUCGCUUCUGCUUUGCGGGAAAAUGAAAGUGAAAGGGGAAGAGCAGACAGGGCAGAUCGCAGCGCCAUGAAGCCUCCGACCCUGCUCCUCGCCGUGGCUCUGGGCCUGGCGACCGUCGCCUCCGCUGGACCAGCGGCGAUUGAGUGCUGGUUCGUGGAGGACGCGCGUGGGGGUGGCCUGACCAAGAAACCGGCCACAUUGCUGCUGCGCCAGGGACCCAGGGGACCGCCGCCCCGGCCAGAUCUUGACCCUAAGCUAUACUUCAAGGUUGAUGAUCCGGCGGGAACGCUCCUGGCUGCCUUCCGGCGGUACCCCGCAGGCGCCCCCGCACCACACUGCGAGAUGAGCCGCUUCAUCCCGUUCCCCGCCUCGGCCAACUGGGCUAGAGGUCUGAUCCCGCAGCAGAGCUGCCCGCGGGCCCUGGACGGGGAUUGGCUGCUGGUCAGCGUGUCCAGCACCGUCUUCAGCCUCUCCAGCCUGCUGCGACCGCAGCCGGAGCCUCAGCGGGAGCCUGUCGUCAUCACCAUGGCAACAGUGGUGCUGACCGUCCUCACCCACAACCCUGCCCCUCGGAUCCAGCUGGGAAAAGACGCAGUGCUGGACCUGAGGUUCGCCUACGCGCCCCCAACGCUGGAAGAGGUCUCCUCUCUGGAUGCAGGGCCUCCUCCCUUUGGGCUGGAGUGGCGACGCCAGCACAGGGGCAAGGGUCACCUGCUGCUGGCUGCAACUCCUGGGCUGGCUGGAGAAAUACCACCAGCCCAAGAAAAGGCCGUGGCAUUUGCCGCAUGGGAUGACAGUGAGCCCUGGGGCCCGUGGACUGGGAAUGGGACCUUCUGGCUGCCAGCAGUGAAACCUUUCCAGGAGGGCGUCUACAUGGCUACGGUACACCUGCCCUACCUGCAAGGACAGGUCUCCCUGGAGCUGUCUGUGCACAAGACUCCCAAGGUGUCUCUGACACCAGCACCCCUUGUGUGGGCUGCCCCAGGAGAGGCACCCCCGGAGUUGGUCUGUCUUGUGUCCCACUUCUACCCUGCGGAGGGCCUGAGGGUGGAAUGGGAGCUGAGAGGUGGCCCAGAAGGAAGUUUCGGAAAGGCCGAGGGGGAUGCGUGGCUCUCCACUGCCCGCCACCACUCCGAUGGCUCUGUCAGCCAGGCCGGGCACCUGCGGCUGCCCCCAGUCACUGCCAAGCAGCACGGAGCACGCUAUGCCUGUCGGGUCCACCACCCGAGCCUGCCAGCGUCGGGGCACAGUGCUGAAGUCACGCUGCAGGUGGCAGGCCUCUCCGGACCCUCAGUCGAGGACGGCAUAGGCCUGUUCCUGUCUGCUUUUCUCCUUCUGGGGCUCCUCAAGGCUCUAGGCUGGACGGCUGCCUACCUGACCACUCCUGAAGGCUUAAAGGAGAAGGUAACAGCAGCCGACCUGAGCAUUCCUAAAGACUCGAAGAAGUCACAGUAAAUGCGUUCAGUCUUGUGGACGCCAUCCUCAGCGCUGGCCCAAAAGACUCCAGCAGCUCCUCCCCACAGACACCUCACAUCACCUUCUGUUCCCUCCACUGAGGGGCUGGGGUUGUUUAUUCUUAUCUUUGAUGCUGUUUUGUUCCUGUUUUUAGACAUGGUCUCUACAUGUAGCCUUGGCUGGCCUGGACCUCGCCAAGCCAACCAGGCUGGCCAGAGUCUCGGCACUCUACCUGCCUCUGCUUCCUGAGUGAUGGAAGACACCACGCCUAGAGGAUUGUUAUUGUUUUAAAGACAAUUCUAGCAUAUAAGAUUCUAAGGCAGUGGUUCUCAAAAUGUUAGGUUCCAAAACAUCUUAAAACAACCAACCAAGCCCAGAGUUUUUGUUAUGUGGGUUACAGCUAUGGGAAUUAAACCAAAAAUUUAAAACAAGAAAAACACCAGGCUUAGUGACAUGCACCUUUGAUCCUGGCACUCGGGAGGCAGAGGCAGGUGGAUCUCUGUGUGGGUUCCAGGUCAGCCAGGGUUACAUAGUGGUGCUUUGUUGAGAGAACUAAACACAAGCGAUGCACACCGCGGUCACUCAGAGCCACACCAUUGUACGCUCUAAAGCAGUUCUUAACCUGUAAGUUACGACCCCUUUAAGACCAUCAGAAAUAUCAGAUAUUUACAUUAGGAUUCACAGCUAUGGAGCAGCAACAAAACUAGUUUUGGGGUCACCACAGCUUGAACUGUGUUAAUGGCUCUUAGCAUUAGGAAGGUUGAGAACCACCGCCUGGAGAAUUAAAACAAUGACGGCUCGUCGCAUCUUCAUGCGCUGGGGACCUCUGGGACAGCCUACACAGUACUCCAGAGCCGAACGGCUGUCUCCCAUGGCGGACUAAUGCCUACCUCUCCUGUCCGCCACUCAUACUGCGGCCUUUCCUCUGCCUGGUCCACCUUCGCCCUCUCUGGGCCCCCGGCACGGUGGGCCUCAUCCUUCCACAGCCUCCCGAAUGUUCCUCGACUUCGUGACUAGUCGUGUGCCAAUAAAGUGUUUCAGAGUCUC